AUGACGAUUACCUUUGGUGAUGCUCAGAUCCUAAAGGGCAUCACAAACGUUUCCAUGGUUCUUACGACGAUAUCAGAGACGGGGUAUUUCACUAGUGUUUUGUGUGAGAAAACACAGUUGUGA